UCCGCCCCGCCGGCCGCCCGGCUCCCCGCCGCCGCCGCCGCGCCUGCUGCAUGCUCGGUGCCGCCUCAGCCCCAGCCGGAGGUGGAAGAUGGCGGAGCCGGGGCCGGAUUGCAGCUCUCUGCUCGACGAGGAUCUUUCUUCCUUCGUCUUCAGUUACCUCGCUGACAGCCAGUACGAGGUGUCUGGCGAGGAGCACCUCUACUCUGACUUCCCCGAGAUUGAUUUGUCUCAGCUGGAUGCCAGCGACUUCGACUCGGCCGGCUGCUUCAGCGAGCUGCAGUGGUGCGGGGAGCACUCGGAGACCGACUCCAGCCAGUACAGCACCGACGACUCCGAGCUCUUCCAGAUAAUAGACAGCGAGAAUGAAGCGCUGCUGGCAGCCCUCACCGAGACAUUGGAUGAUAUACAGGGAGAUGACAUGGGCCUGGCUGCCUUCCGAACUAUGGAAGAGGGGGACACGCUCAACCAUGCCUACACCUCGCCUGCCCCCUCCCCCAAACCCACCGCCCCGGUCACGGGGGGGCCGCCCCCGGCCCCCGAGUUUGAUGAGCUGUCUCUACUGAAGAAGUUGCUCCUCUCUCCAUCACACGUGCCUCCGAGCUGCGAGGCUCAGCGGGAUGGGAGCGCCCGGCGCCCGGGGACCCCUAAGUCCCGACCCGCACGGCCCUGCACAAAGGUGGAGGGUCCCCGGGACAGGAGGGCGAGCGUCCCGCAGGCGCAGAGCCGCAGCUGCACUGAGCUGCACCGGCACCUCACCUCCACCGCUCCCUGCCCCCAGACCAAAGCCCCCCGGGCACCUGAAGAGUGCCCCAGCGGCCGCCACGGCCGCCACCACCCGUCCCCGGGCGACUGUGCCCAUCACGAGGAUGACAGUGACUCCAGUGAGGACUCGCUGAGCUCCGGCGACUCGGUGACCCCCCCCUCCUCGGGGGAGGAUGGCUCCGGCAGCCAGUUCUCCUGUGAGGGGGAGAUGCACUCGGUGGUGGAGCUCAUCCGCUACAUGCACACCUACUGCCUGCCACCGCGGAAGCUGCCCAGCCGCGAUGCCGCCGACGCCAAGCCCCAGCCCUGCAGCAGCCCCUUCAAAAGAGCCAAACCGGACUGCCCCGCGCAGCCGGGCCCCCCCGGCAGUGCCCAGAACCGGCCGGGCUGCGCCUGGCAGGCGGCCGGGGGAUGCAAGAAGCCCGGAGCAUCCUUCUCUAUCCUGAAGGAGCUGCUGGCGCGGGACCUGCUGUGCGACGUGAGCAAGCCAUACCGCCUGGGCAAGCCCGUGUACGCCGCCCUGGCCCGGCCGCCCGGCUCCCGCUCCCCUGUGCCACCAGCCCAGGAUGGGGAGGAUGCCGGUGGGACCUGCACAUCCAGAGCCAAAACGGCACCGGAGAAGGGUGAGCCGUGGCAGAGCCCCGGGGCCGAGGCAGAGGCACUGCGGGAGCCGGCUGGCCUGGAGGACGACGCUGGGAAGCGUGCGGGCACCCCGGGCGCAGCUGCAGGAAAAGUGGCCCGCAAGCAGGAGAGCACCGUUUACGCUGUCCGCCGGUCCAAGAGACUCAACCCCGAGCUCGGCCACUGGCUCUCCUUCCUUGACGAGCCACCCCCCGAGCCUUCCGUCCCCCGGGAGGCAGGGGAUGGCCGCGGCCCCCGGGAGGCCCUGGUCUGCAGAGAGCCCGCACCGUGCCCAGUGCUGGAGGGCUUCUCCGCCGAAGAGCCCGCGGCCGAAGUGGAGGUGGGGGGCACGGCACCACCGGCAGAGCCCCAGCCCCUCUCCCUGGGCUCCCCGGGGGACGGCGAGGCGGGUGACGGGGCUGAGAGCCGGCGCUGUGCCGUCCUGGAGCAAGCAGAAACACCCAGGUGUCUCACGCUGUCCUUGGCACAAACUGACCCAACCUUUGGGAAGAGAAACUUUGAGCCUAUGUUGACGGUGGAGCUGUGUGGGACAGCAGGUCUCACGCCGCCCACCACUCCGCCGUAUAAGCCUGCCGAGGAGGACCUGUACAAGCCAGACAUCCCCCAGGAGCCAGGGAAGGAGGACGGGACGGCCCCCAGCCCUGGGGGCGCAGGGGACGCAGCAGCCUCCCGGAAAGCCCCCAGGAAGCACCCCGAGAGGACAGAGCUCUUCGCCCACCUCAGCCGAGCCGUCGGGCGCCCCGUGCUCCCCGAGCAGCAGGGCAUGCUCAAGCGGCCCUUCUCCCGCUCCUUCGGGGACCACGACUACUGCCAGGUGCUGAAGCCCGAGGCCGCCCUGCAGAGGAAGGUGCUCAAGUCUUGGGAGCCCCCGGGCCAGGUGGAGACGGAGCACAAGAGGAGGGUCCCGGCCGCCCACUACCAGGGGCUGGACCUCGGCGGCAAGGAGGCGGGCGGCGAGAUGCUGUGGAAGGACGGCGUCAAGCAGCUGAGAGACCAGGAGAUCAGAGCCAGCUUAACAAAGCACUUUGGCUUUCUGGACAGUGCUCUCGAUGACGAGGACAUGGUCUUCUGCAAGACCCCCGAGUACGACACUGUCUUUGAAGACAGCUGCAGUGAGAGCGGCUCCCCCUUGGAGGAGGAGGAAGAGGAGGAGGAGGAGGAGGAGGAGGAGCACGGCGACACCAAGCUGUGCCUGCGGAGAAACCCCCUUUCCAGGACCACUUUGCAUUACUGUUCCCGGAGCAGGUCCAGUUCAGGGUCUUCGUGCUGCCGGUCCCGAUCGCCCGCAAGCAGACGCACCUUCAGGUGUGAGAACAGCGAGCAGUGUCAGGGCGGGAGCGGGCACCGGGGCCAGCUGGAGAAGAGACGGGAAAAGGCCAUCGGGGAAGGCCGUGUGGUGUAUAUCAAAAACCUCUCCAGCAGCAUGAGCUCCAGUGAACUGAAGAAACGCUUCGAAGUGUUUGGUGAAAUCGUGGAGUGUCAGGUCCUUUCCAGGACUAACAGGGGGGAUAAAUAUGGCCUGAUCACCUACCGGUAUUCAGAGCAUGCCGCCUUAUCUCUGAAGAACGGCACCUCGCUAAGGAAGAGGAACGAGCCUUCGUUCCAGCUCAGCUCUGGUGGCCUCGGGCACUUCGUCUGGACUAGAUACACUGACUUGGAUUGCAGCGUGGAGGAGUCCUCCCCAGCUCCAGUGAAAAGCAAGUACGAGACCAUGGAUUUCGACAGCUUGCUGCAGGAGGCCCAGCUAAGCCUGCAUCGGUAACAGCCUUAACCUUGGAGGAAUACCUCAAUACCUCAGUCAAGGCACUUCCAAUAUGUUUACGUUUUCAAAGAAAUUAUUCAGUCUAUGGAAAGCGAGAGAGAGCGAGAGAGAGCGAGAGCACGCACGCACGAGAGAGAGAGACUGCUGUCCCUUCCGAUCGAUGUUUACAUUGAACAAAGCUGCUUCUGUCUGUGAGUCCCCAUGGUGUUGAUGUCUCACUGCCACACGUUAGUCCCCCCCGCUUCUGACUGGUUGUUUUAGGGUGAGCCUAGGAGCCCCCCACCCCCUCUCCCCCCUCCUGGCCCCCCCAGUGCUCCCGCCGCGGAGUUGCAGCUGUGUUCACCAUAACAUUUUUUUGUCCGUAGUGUGUGAUGAUGAAAUUGUUAAUUGUGAAUAGAAUCAGGAUUAUAAACUAAUUUUUAAUAGAAGAAGAAGAGAAAAAAAGUAUAUACUUAAAAAAUGUAUUUAUGGCUCAGAUGUACUGUAAUUCAGAUUUAUUGUACCGCUUCCUUGAUUUUUAACUAUGCACUGUAAUGAGGCACUUGCCACUCAGCAAAUGGGGGGUCAGAGCAGAGUCAUGGAGCCAGCAUUCACCCGUCGGCCGCGGAGGCGCCCGCCUUCCCUGCCGGCAAACCGGGGUGCUCGGCAGUCGCAUCGGGGUCACCCACUUUGCUGUCAAAGCCAUUCUUCUUGCUCGCGUGGCCCGAGUCCCCCAGCCCCCAGCCCGCCUGUGUCGCUGGACCCAGAUGCUGAGCUCGGUCCUGGUGCGUGAUGGAGCCGGCGGGCGGUGGGGCACGCCAGCCCCGUGCCAUUCUUGCUGUGGGGCCGGGCAGCUUUGCAGGCAUGAAGGAGAGGGGUGGUAAAAGGAUGCACUGCCCGGGGGGCUGCCAGCGCUGCUCCAGCCCUCCGCUGCCUUUGGAGCCAGGAGAGAGGGGCCGGGGGGCCGGAGCUGGCCAGGCUUGAUCCGGCAGGUCCUGCCGGCACAGCCUGGGGGAUGGAUGCCUCCGGGUCCCUGCGAGGGAGCUGGCUUCUCUCCGGCUCCUUGGGCAGCUGGGAGACCGGCCAGGCCGAGCGGCUUGCUCCCCGCUCGCUUCCACCCCCUGCAGAGCGAGCGGGGCAAGAAGAUCUGUCUGUGAUCCCUGCCCGGCAGCCAGCCCAAAAUCCAGAAAGGCAGGGAGGCAGGAGCGGGGCACGGCAGCCGCGCCGAACGCCCACCCUGCCUGCGCUCUGCCCAGUACCUGAUAAGCCAUACACUUCCCCAGCACCCAGCUGGCACCCAGGAUCUGUCCCCCAUGCCCACCAGCGCCCUGUGGCAUGCUUGCCCGCUCUGCCUCUGGCCGGGGGCCCUUGGGGCUGCCUGGCAGUGCUGGAUUUAAGGCGUGCUCAGGCAGCACCCCCACGAAAUCUGCUUGCAAACUUGCCCUCCAUCUCCGGGCGAGGAGGGAGGGGGAGAGAGCCCACCACCGGCUGGAGCAAACCCCACCACGUGCUGGCCAGAGGCACUGUUUUCCUGAGGGAGCAGGAAUCUGGCUGCUCCUCAAGCCAUCGCCAUCGUCUCCAUUUAUUUUUCAGGCCCAGAGACCACUAGGGAUUCAGCCAUCCUAUGUAGAUAGAAUAUUAUAGCCUUAACUCUGCCAAUAGAUAGAUUAGAGUCUCCUGGGGUCUCCCCUCAACAUGACUUAGGGGUUUUAUUCUCAUUUCCCUGGCGUGGGUACUCUUUCGUCUUGCAGGGAGUGUGACCAAAGCCUCUGAAAUUGCAUGAGGUGCAAUGCCGAGAGCGUGAGUGCUGCCGAGGUGGCCCUUGGCUCCGGGGCCAUGCGUGCAGCUGGUCUCUGGCGGGAGCGGGCAUGCCGGCAGCGCUGAUACCAGCACAGUUACCUGGCUAUUUCUCUCCGCUUUUGAGGGAGCCGUGGUUCUGACGACGACCAGCCCGGCGGCGCGAGGGCCCACGGGCCACCGCGGGGUUUGAACUGCGGGUCCCCAAUCUGCCGCCAGCGACGAUCACUGUCAGGGAACAGUCCUCGUGCCAUUGCAGUCUCAGCAGUGAGGUUCGGCAUCUCUCCUGCCACGAGCUCCCCCCACUUCUCAUCCCACCUUAGCGAACACGAGUAGCUCUGGCCGAGACUGAGCAUCUGCUAUUGGCAAUUGCCUCAUUGUAGCUUUGCCUUUUUCUGUCCUAGUAUUUCCUCACAACGAUGAUGUUUACAUGUGAUUGCUAUAGAGCUUAUGUAGAAUGUAUAUAGCGACACAUUUAGGGUGGGUAGUACUGUCCUGUGCUGUGCUGAUGUUUUUCAGAAAACGAUCAAUCCAAAAAACCAACAAAAAAAAGCAAAGUAAGUGGAAUUCUUCCAUCUCCCGCUCAGCCGGGGGCACCGAGCCCCCACGGCCGGGCCCCGCUGGGGAUGCAUCAAGCGUGGCAGAGGGGAAGGGUUAGUGCAGAGCUGGGGGGAGCCCUCUCUUGGGGGAUCACUCAGUCGCUUCCCAAGCAUUGGUUUUGGUGUACCCAGAUACAAAAUUUCCCAUUGUUUUCCUGCGGCUGGGCGCCCUGGGUCAUCCCGCAGCCCCUGCCUGUGCCUGGCUUCUGGAUAUCAAGGCCGGUGCUCGGGAAGGGGAGGGCUCGUCCUGCACAGAGCCGAUCAGUACUGCACCCGUAGGGUAGGAAGAGAUGCAAUAAGUGGUCUUUGUGGUGCCUGAAGCCUAUAAGUGGGGUUGGGUUUUUUUUUUUUUGUUUGGGGUUUUUUCUUUUUUUUUUCCAUUAAAUUGGGAUGGUUUGUUUUCCCUCCUCCCCCAAGAAAUUUCUCCAGGACUUACGCACUAUGCACAGAGGCGUGCAAGGCACAGAGGCACAACUGUGGCUGGGGCAGCCCUCUGCUGCUGCCCGCGCCUGCCAGCCCAUCGCUGCAGCAGGGAAGAGCAGGGGGCACGCUGCCAGCCCCAGGGCUAUGUGCUGCCUGCCCUGGGGGGCACGCGCUGCCAGCCCCAGGGGCUUCCCCUGACUUUUAGGACUGGGUGAGAGUGGCGGGUGUUCAGCUCAAGAAGCACAGGUCUGCUGGCUUUAGAAUUCCUCAUGCAGGGUUUGUGGUGAAAAAUAAGUUUCUGCUUGAUUUUUUUUUUUUAAUAUAAAGGUGUCUGUAGCUCACAGUGCUCGUGUCUGCAAAGGGGCAGGAAGGAGGGCUCGGGCACAAGGGGCAGGUGAGAGCUCACUCCCUUAGCGACCUGUGACUAUGACUGUUUUGGAUGCUAUGGGGAAAUGGGGCAGGAGGAAAGCAAUGCCCGGGCACUGCGCAGGGAGAGGCAGCCCGCACCACCGGGAAAGCAAGAGGCUCCCAGCGCUUUGCGGGAGCUGCGGGGGCCGGGGAGCAGGGAUCGACCCCCCCGGAGGAUUAGCUUUAUGUCCCGCCCAGCCUGUGGCAUCAUGGCAGGUGCAUGCCCAGGCGUGGGUGCAGCUCAGAGCUGGGCACCCCGAAAAGGGAACCCUUGCACCCUGGUCCCCACGGCAGCCCCGGGAAGCUGCCCCCCGCCGCCUGCGAGGGCCAGGGCUGCGGGGUGGGUAGGAGCGCUACUUCAAAGAGAAACUGGGAGCAAAAGGGUAUAUUAUGGUAGGCAAUAAGUAAGGAGGAGAUUUAUUUUUUUAAAAAUAUAUAACUAUAGAACGUCCCUCAGUAGUUCCCUGCAGGUACUGUGGGGAAAUGCUGAAUGUCAAGAGUUUCGUGACAAAAAAGCCCCUUUGCUUUUUUUGCACAGAUUUGCCCCAGAAAAGCUCAUUGUUCAGGGUGGGGUACCAGGUUUCUGGUGGGAAUCCCGUGGGUCCCUGGGGCUCCGCAGGAAGGAGCAAAUGUUUCUGAGUGUCUGGGCUGAACGCAGAGGACAAUCCUGGGUUUUCGGUUCAGUGCUGCCCCAAAGAAAAGGUUUAUCCCAAUUCCUACUCAGCACAGCUGGCUGGGCUGCACAUCUUCUUUCACGAAGUGGCAGCUCAGUCACAACAUUACAGUCUUGAGUGUCUGAUUUCAGCACUGGUCCAUGCAAAGGAGUGUUGCAAUUGCAGACCAGAACUUUUUUUUUCUUUUUUUUUCUGUUUUGUUUUUUUUUUCUUUCUUUUUGGAGGUAUGCUGAAUACUGAGAUACAUUGUUGUUCAUAGCUGAGCCCUGACACCCUUUCUGUUCUAAGCGUUGUGGCCCAUCCCCGACAAUCUCAAGCAAUAUAGAGCCAAAUGCAGCCUUUGGGUUUCAUUCCUCUUCCCUCGCCCACCCUGGGGUCAGGGGGUGGCAGCGGCAGCCUGGCCGCAGCACCCAUGGCCACGGCCACAGCACCGAGCCGAGAGCCACGCUGCAGUAAAUACGGAGUUGGGGAGGGAGUGUGUGUAUGCAUGUGAGAAAGAGAGAGAAAGAUUAAAUUGAUGCAUUUCUUGAGAAAGGUGUAAGAAUUUCACCUAAAAAGGGGCACAUCUGCUUUGUUAUUUAUAAAAAAAAAGCUAAAUUCUGUCUUUUUCUUCUUUUUUUUUAAGUAAAAGGACACUGCUAGUAAUUAUUAGGGGCCAAUUCUGCCUCCCUUCCUCAUGCUGAGUAAGUACUACUUAACUCUGCAAUUUCCUACUUGCAGAGUAAGUAAAAGUAGCAGAAUUGAUCCCUCUGUGAUUAAGAAUCAAGUUUUUAGUCUGGUUUUUUUUAAUUGGUAGUGGUUUUUUAUAUUUUACUUAAUUUUUUCCCCAGUUCCGUUCCGUUGUGUCCUUAUUUAUGUAAUAUACUUUAACCUUAAAAGAUGGCAUGGAUUCUUAUGCCUUUCCUUUAUUAUUAUUGUUAUUAUUUUUAAAAAAGAGAUUUAUUUCUAGUGUGAUUUAACUGUCUACCUUCUAAAACGAGAGAACGUUUUCUUGUAUUUUUACAUUGUCAGAUUCUAUAGUUUCAUAGAUAAUUUAACCAAAUCGCUCAAUGUAUUAUCUAUAUCUAUCUGGUGGGUAUAAAAGUUCUAUUUUAAAUUGUGUAAAUACUUCAGAACUGGCUUCUUUUUCCAGACUCCCCUGCCGUGGAGUUACUUGUUUACAUCAAAAAGACUGUAGAAUCUCUACGCUCAUGUACUGUAAAUAGUGAAGUGAUCUGCCUAUAACUAAAUGAUAACAUAUAUACUAUAAAGUGGAAAGAAAAAAAAGGAACAA